CAUCAAGGCGAUACAGAUUGCCCGACCGAACGGAAAGUCCUUAAAUAGUUGCCAUGACUGGGUCCCCUUAUGCCGUGAAGAAACGCCGACGCCCAGCGCUGUCCUGCAGCGAGUGUCGGCGUCGCAAAGUUCGUUGUGACCGGAACCGCCCCUGUGCUCAAUGUAUAGCCCACAGGACCAAUUUGUGCACAUACGAUGAUGCUCGCCCAGGACUACAAGAACAUCAAAGACACGAAGAGGCAAACGAUGGUUCUAAUAUACUAAAUCCACUGGGUACCAGUCAAGGGACCGGCGCUGAUAGCGGGCGAACGAUCCUUGAAAUCCAUCAUCCAGAUAAUCCUGCCGUCCCCACUGAGGAGCAGCCGAACGUAGCUCCGGAUACCUCGUUUCCCUGCCCAACUCCCCCGGCGGAUUCUGGUCAGGUCCAUGGUAUAGUAUCCAAGACCAGGCUUUUUGGUCCCGGCCAUUGGAUGAGCACAAUUCCUCUGUUAAAGGGCUUACCAACUCUGGAGCCUGUCUCCCACUCUGCAUCUCCGUUUUGUCAAUCUUUUCGGGGGGUGUGCUAUGAACCCGAUUGCUCAAUCGUGGAGGCUGUGGCCCAAUGUAAGCAAUUAGCUCGCGACAUGAAGAAGCAACUUCCUAGUCGAAGCCCACUGCCGGCGGGCAUCCAUCAGUCGUUCCCUAAUCGCCUGGUGAUGAAAGAGUUAAUCGACCUUUACUUCAACACCUUCGAGUCAUGUUAUAGAAUUCUUCAUCUACCGUCAUUUCGAGCAGAGUAUGAAUGCUAUACCCAACAGCCAGAAACGGCCCAUCCAUCAUCUGUGGUGAAGAUAUCUCUUGUCAUGUCUAUUGCAGCUGCAUUGCAUUGUGAUUCCACGUUACGCUUUGACUUACGUGUUAAAGCUCAAAGGUGGAUUCACAUCUCGCAUACAUGGCUCUCGGCACCUCUCGAAAAGGAUCGUUUAACCAUAGACGGGAUUCAAAUCCAUUGCUUGCUUCUGUUGGCGCGACAAGUCAACCGCAUUGGUGCAGAUCUAGUCUGGAUUUCCUCCGGUUCUUUGAUACGGAUGGCUAUGCAAAUGGGGUUGCACCAAGAUCCGACUCGCUUAGGCCCAAUGAGUCUACUUGAAAAGGAGCUUCGAAGACGUCUCUGGUACACAAUCUUGGAGAUCAACGUCCAAUCUGCUCUGGACUCUGGAAUGUCCGCCUCAAUCACAGUGAAUGAAUAUACAACCCAGCCACCAUCUGACCUUGGCGACGAUGAGCUGGAGGAGGUCAAUCAGCACAAGCCGCCCACAAAACGAGUUUCAUACCCUACACCGACUUCCUUCCAAUGCCUAUUGGCAAAUUCCGUACCAUUACGGUUGGUAGCUACGACAGUCAUCAAUAGCCUGCAGGAGGGACCCCCAUACGACCAGGUUCUCUCCCUUGGAAGCGAACUGGCAUCGGCUUGUCGCAAUGUAGCAGCGUUAGUUGACAAACAUGCGUCACUCGAGGAUGGACCAUCACCAAAUGAAUUUCGGUAUGGCUGGUGUGACCACCUUCAUCGCCGGUUUUUGCUGUGCCUUCACCUACCUUACGCGGUCCAAGCCAAACAGAGCCCUCUAUACAGUUACUCAAUGAAAGUGUGCUUGGAAGCAAGUCAGGACUUGGUCUCUCUCCUGGAGAAUAAUUCAUACCAUCGCUUGCUGCUUAUUGGAGGAGGCAUGUUUCGGGACAUUAUCACGCGAAGUGCCUUAGUGAUCUUUCUAGAACUUGUUACACAGCUGGAAGAUGAUAGUUCCACCUACUCUAAGAAACGGAACCGCUUACGAAGAGAGCCACUAAUAGCAGAUGCGCGUAAGGUGGUCCGAUAUGCGCACGAUAGGAUGUGCUACGGUGAAACAAACGUGAGGUGCUAUCUAUUUACCUGUAUGGCGAUGGCCCAGACAGAGGCCAUGCUGGACGGUAGAUCUACAAAAGAUGACAUUCUUAACGCCGCUCGAAGCAGCCUCGCAGUAUGCCAUGGUAUAUUGAAAUCCAUGGCGGCCGGUGCACUUUCGAACAAAGCGAUUGAUUCCGACCUUGGAGCUUGGACGUACAAUGACAUGGCACCCGUACCUACCGCUGUCAACACAGACUUUGACUUCCUCAAUGAUGAGAAUAUGAAUUUUGACUUUUUGGAUUCCUGUAUCCUUCAGCGGUGGAUUGACGAAACAUUGCCCUAGAAACAAUUGAACCCUGAGCCAGAACCAAUGUAUACGAAGAUCUGCUCAAGCUGGGGGCUAAACUCUUCACUCGUCAUCCUAAUCAAGCGUAGGACUACAAAUCUCUACCACCGAUCGCUAUAACUACAUCCAAGCUGCUGGGGAGUAGAGUUUUGUGUGUAUUUUAAUAGCUUAGCUGUUUCUGACUCUCGGGUUUCAACUACCAGACAUACCUUGUCUCGAUACCAUUAUACGG